GUUUUUGACUUAGGAAUAUUUAUGGGAAAAUAUAAAUAGAACUGUGGAAAUGUCCAUUUUGAAAACAAUUGGUAGAUGUCUUAUUGACAAGAAAGUAUCAUCAUUUAGGACUGCAAUUCAAAUUUCAUCCACUCCUAUGAGUUCCGAAGUCAAAAAGUCCAUUUCUGCAAAAUUGGACCGAAGCAAACCGACAAUUUUUGAUAAGAUAAUAUCGAAGGAAAUCCCUGCUAAAAUUAUAUUUGAGAAUGAUAAGCUCUUAGCUUUUCAUGAUGUGAGCCCUCAAGCUCCAGUGCAUUUUCUGGUCAUACCAAAAAAGAGAAUUGCGUUAUUGGAUGAUGCAGAAGAAAGUGAUAAGGAAUUGCUUGGUGAGUUGAUCCUUACUGCUAGUAAAUUAGGCAAAGAAAAACUUCCUGGAGGUUACAGAUUGGUAAUAAAUAAUGGAAAAGACGGAUGUCAAUCAGUUUUUCAUCUGCAUAUUCAUGUUCUCGGAGGAAGGCAAAUGAAAUGGCCUCCUGGUUAAGAUAAACUAUCCAUUUUGUUAUCUAUUUACUACUGAACUGUUAUUGAUUAUUAUUCUAAUAUAAAGUUCCACAAAAAUA